UAUAAAUGGUGGUUACUCCAAGGGAAAGAAAUAGAAGCAAGAAAACUUUAACCAAGAUAGAGUUAGUGUUAGUAAUGGAGCAUCCUUCAAAUUCUUUUAUUUCUCUCAUCCUCCUUUCAUUAUCAAUCCUGUUCCUCCUCCACCGCCGCAGAAACUCCGUGUUAAACAGCCGGUUUCCUCCAGGACCACCAGGCUGGCCCAUUCUCGGCAACCUAUUGGAUCUUGGUUCAGUGCCACACAGUACCCUGACCGAUCUUAGACAAAAAUAUGGUGACAUUUUAGGUCUAAGGUUAGGUGCCAUAAACACCGUGGUCAUACUCUCAGCAAAGGCUGCUUCUGAGCUGUUCAAGAAUCAUGAUCUCACAUUCGCUGAACGGUUCUUAACUAUAACCAUGCGUGUCCAUGGCUAUGACCAAGGGUCCUUGGCUCUUGCUCCUUAUGGUUCGUAUUGGCGAGUCAUGAAACGGCUAGUCACAGUAGACAUGUUAGUGAGCAAAAAGAUCAAUGAAACAGCAUUUGUACGUAGAAAAUGCAUGGACGAUAUGUUGAGAUGGAUUGAAGGGGAGUCAUAUAAGGGCUGUGGAUCUCAGGUAGCACGUUUUGUGUUCUUGAUGUCAACUAACUUGCUAGGGAAUCUCAUGCUUUCGUGCAAUUUGGUUGAUCCUGAAUCGAGGGAGGGGACACAAUUUUUCAGAUCAAUAACAGGAUUAACCGAAGCAUCAGGUUAUGCAAAUGUUGCAGAUUAUUUACCAUGGUUAAAGUGGCUUGAUCCUCAAGGAUUGAAGAGCAAGAUGGAGAGGGAACUGGGGAAAGCUCUAGAGAUUGCUUCUCAGUUUGUGAAGGAAAGAAUUGAAGAGAAAAAGUUGGGGGAAGAUAAGAGGAAAGAUUUUCUUGAUGUGCUGCUCGAGCAUGAAGGUAAUGGUAAGGAUGAGCCCGAUAAAAUUUCAGACCGAGAUCUCAACAUUUUCAUCCUGGAAAUCUUUAUCGCGGGUGCAGAAACCACGAGCAGCAGCAUUGAAUGGGCAAUGACUGAGCUCCUAUGCAAUCCUGAGCCCAUGAGAAAGGCCAAAGCUGAACUUGCUUCAGUAAUAGGAGCAAACAGAAAGGUUGAGGAAAGCGAUAUCGACAAUCUUCCGUUCUUGCAAGCUGUGGUAAAGGAAACACUCCGAUUACACCCUCCAAUUCCGUUCCUAGUUCCAAGAAGAGCAACGCAAGAUACUAAAUUCAUGGGAUAUCAUAUCCCAGAAAACACACAAGUCCUUGUAAAUGCUUGGGCUAUUGGAAGAGAUAAAGAUGUUUGGAAUGACCCUCUGAGUUUCAAGCCUGAAAGGUUUAUGGGAUCAAAUGUUGAUUACAAAGGGCAGCACUAUGAGUUCAUUCCUUUUGGAGCUGGAAGAAGAAUGUGUGCAGGAGUAUCACUUGCUCAUCGAAUCCUUCAUCUUACUUUAGGAUCUUUGCUUCACCAUUUUGACUGGGAACUUGAAGCUAAUGUCACCCCGGACACUUUGGACAUGAGAGACAGGUUAGGCGUUACAAUGCGCAAGCUGGAGCCAUUACUAGCAGUUCCCAAGAAGUGUGUGUGAUAUGCAAGAAUUGAAAAGUUGAAGUCACGUCAUAAAACUAGGCCCCAAUUCUUGCCUACUUGUAUAUCAAAUACAUAUCUAUUUAUUUAUUUUUAAUAACCAAAUACGGAUGAAUAUUAAAAUACAAAAUAUUUAUAUAAAUAUAUUAUUUCUAUUU